CUCCAGUCGGCCCACUAAGGACCGCCAGACUCCAGAGGCCAUUCCUGGGAGGCUUCCCGUCUUUUCUUUAUCCUUUCUUCCCUCUUCUUUCUUGGCUUCCAACGCUCUAGCUUUACCCAAUUCAGUAAUCCAGUUAUCCAUAGGCCUCUAGCGGAACUUUUGUAUCGUCGGAACCAAUGUGCUGUCGCGGCGGAGGAUUGUUUAGGCGGAGAACCGCCAGUUCUGCCUGAAGGAUUGUUCCGAACAGUUCCGGCGGGAGAUUACGGCGGUCAGUGCAGUUUCUUCGUUUUCCGACUAUGCACCGACAGAAUUUUCGACCCCCGACUCCUCCUUAUCCCGGCCCGGGUGUAGGAGGUUGGGGUACUGGGAGCAGCUUCCGGGGUACCUCGGGAGGAGGCGGGCCGCGACCGCCCUCUCCUCGGGACGGAUACGGGAGCCCUCACCACACGUCGCCUUACGGGCCCCGGUCUAGGCCCUACGGAAGCGGCCACUCGCCUCGACACGGAGGAAGCUUCUCAGGGGGCCGGUUCGGGUCUCCGUCCUCUGGCGGUUACCCUGGCUCCUACUCCAAGUCCCCCGCGGGGUCCCAGCAGCAAUUCGGCUACUCCCCGGGGCAGCAGCAGACCCACCCCCAGGGUUCUCCAAGGACAUCUACACCAUUUGGAUCAGGGCGUGGUAGAGAAAAAAGAAUGUCUAAUGAGUUGGAAAGUUAUUUUAAGCCUUCAAUGCUUGAAGACCCUUGGGCUGGCCUAGAACCAGUAUCUGUAGUGGAUAUAAGCCAACAAUACAGCAAUGCUCAGACUUUCACAGGCAAAAAAGGAAGAUACUUUUGUUAACAUUUAUGAAAUUCAUCUGGAAGCUUCAUAUGUCAGGAACAUCUUGGACAAAACUUGUGUAAUUAAGUUGAACUCUAAGAUGGUGACUUUGAAUAAUUAGUUGGGGCUUCAUAUUUUUCAUUGUAUGAAGUACUGAAAUAUUAGAGAAGACUUGAUAGGAUAAUUUGCAAUAUUAAGCUCUCUGGAAGUGCCUACCACAUUUUAGAAGAUUUACAGGUUCCAGAUAUUUAAGUUCUCUCCUAUGUAAUGGACUUUUGUCUUUUUUUUUUUGGACUUUUGUCUUUUAAUGUUUUUUCUAAUGUUUUGAAAUAAAACAUUUUGUCUUAGCUAUAUCGUGGUUUUGUCAUAUGCUAAAGAAGAAGAAUUAAAAUAAUGUUUUGUAAUCACUUAAGAGUUUUUAGGUAAAUAUUGUGCAUGCUACUUUUGCAAAUUAAACUAUAAAGCUAUGGGCAGCUCUUCAUUCAUAGAGAAGGAAUUGAAGGAGAGAAUAGUGAAUUCAUAUUCUUUAUAACUGUAAGUCUAUUAUAACCAUUCACGAUUUUGCUUCAUAUUUUAUAUAAUGCUAUCGUAAAUGCAUUGAGGCUUGAUUGAAAGUUAACAGAAACCCACUUUGUUAAGUAAAAAGGGAGUACUUAUACUUACUUAACUGGAAAGGACUAAGAUAAACCUUUUCCUUGUGUAGUUAAAGUGCUCUGCAUCUGAAGUUCUCUACAUUUCUUUGUAUUGUGGAGUCAUUUUCUCUUGAGGCCAAGAAAGGCAGCAUGGCCAUGCUUAGGUCAUAUUUCUGUGGUCUGGAACCAGUAACUAUGACCAAGGCAUAAUUAACUUGGGCCCACCUGUGUUGAGAAACACAGUGUCAGUUCCCUUGGCCUAUCUGGAUUGGAGAUUGGUUUUUGCACAGGAAGGAAUGCUAAGUAUAACUACAAUAAUGAAGAGAAAAAUAUGAAGGAAUAUUUCCCCCCAACUAUUUAAACAAAAUCAAGUCUUAACAACUUGCAGGCUUUUUAGCUCUUUUGAGGUCAAAGUAUAAAGAAAUACAACUACUAAAAAUUUUGUUAAACUUUCCCAAAAAGAAACAUCUAAAAAUGAAAUGAUCUAACCACCAAUCUGAUACCCAGUUCAACCUAUCUCUUCAUUAGUUCUUUUCACAGAAACAAAAAAAAAAAAGGAAGAGAAAUAUUUUACAUUAAUAAAAUUCCAUGAGGGCCACGGCCUUCUACCAAUUAUUAGCUAGAUCAUUUAUUUAACUUCUCUGUGCCUCAAUUUUCUCAUGUAAAGAACUUAAUCGUACUCAUGUCAUAGAGGUAUUGUGUUUGAAGAUUAGAUUUAUGUGUAUACCACUUUAACGCCAGAGCCUGGUACAUAGUAAGGUAUCAGUAAAUGGUAGUUAUUACUUUCUCAUUGACUCCAAGCUCUUACAAUGAUGCCAGAUAAAUUGUAGGUGCUUAAUACAUAAUUGUUCUGCUUUACCUCCUCAAUAUGUAGGGAUGUAGAUAUGAAGUAGUAAAUUAGUAAUUUCCGUCCAAUAUUUUAAAGGAAAUGUCUUUAUUUCCUAACAUCUUGUCUUUCCAGAUGAAUUGAGGUCACAUGUUGAAAAUUAGAGCAAGUAGAGUACUUUCAUGAACUGUUAUUGUGCUUUAUAGGUAAGAAAGAAUUCAGUAUUUUCUUUAUGAAACAACAACAUUUGGAAAUAAUUACUAAGCCAUCUCUUAUAGAUCAUUGUGUUGUUGGCAAAGAUGAUAAAGGAAGUAAGCAAAGAUUUUAUGUCAUUAUAUUCAUAUAAUUUGGAGAAAUUCAAACUAACUGCUCUCCUUGUUUAUGUGGAGUUUAUUCCACUGCUUGUAAACGUAAUUGUAAACAUCUAAAUGUAAAGUCUCCUUCUUAACCAAGUUACCAACAUCUUUUAGGGAUCUGAUCCUUUCUGACUUUCCUUAGGAGACAAAUUUGUUCUCAGGAAAGGACCAUAACUGUAUUGCCAUUAUUGGUAGUGUAUUCCAUUAUCAAAGUUUUUGUGACGUUGAUAAUUUGCUUCCUGUUAGCCUAUUUUUAUCCAGAAUUCCAAAAUACACAUUUUUACAAUUACUAAAAUACUAAAUAAAAGACAAAUUUUUUGUUAAGUAUGCACCUUAACUACUUAGAAAAUUGAAGAACAGAAAUACAAUCUCUAGCUGAAUCUUCAAAAAAUAGUAUUCAUUCUCCUAGAAUAUUCACCUGUCCAAAGGAAUUGCAGAUCAAAAUAGCCUUAAAGGAGUCGGAUCAGAUCCUCAUUCCUAUAUAUAUGCUUGUUUAAAAUUGAUCACCAUAAAGAACAUUUCCAUAUUCACUGAGUUAUACCAUUUCUCCUUUUUCCUGUUUGUCUUUUUAUUUUAUUCUCCGACUUUUCACAAGAAACUUAUAGCAUGUUGCAUUUUUCAAAAAUGGCCCGAAUAAUUUUUCUCUUCCAGAACCUUGCUGCUACAUCAAGAUGCGAAGUCAUUUCUCUUUCCUUUGAACCUGAGCAUGUGUUUUUGGCCACCCUUUUCAUUAUUUAGUAACAUGUGGUCUUAGAAGUGGGUUAUGUUGGCCCAUGUGGACAUGUUCUGUUUUCAAAUAGGAUGGUAGUGGAAUGACAUAUUUAAUGGCCUUACCUUUUUAUUUAAUCUCCUGACUACUCAAAAAACAUCUUUCCUGUAGGUGAAUCAUGUGAAAGAGCAAGAACUUGAAAGGCAUCUUAUUUUUAGUCAGCAAACAGUGAUAAGAUUGCAUGCUUCCUCUAUCUUAGAAUAUUUGGUAUUGGUAUAAAAGCAGAGUGUGUUUUCAUGAACCUGCCCUGAAGCAUACUGCAUUUCCCCAUUCCCAUUAAUAGUAAACAGCUUGAUGAUGAGUUCUAAAUCUCUCUCGGUAACAUAACUGGCAUGUUUCAAGAAAGAAGAAAUUGAGGUUCAUGUUUAUUUCUGACAUGAUUAACAUCACAUCUGCUAGUUAAGAGAUGUCACAGGUAAGCUCAUGGUUCUGUAUUACUAGGACAGUUUUCAAAUUCUUACAAGAAACAUUAUUAACCUUUGCUAGCAAUUCCUUAUUUUACCUGGCCCAAAUUUCCAGCUUACUGUCACUCAGCCAUUUCUCAGCUUUUCCAUCUCUGCUAAUUUAGGUUAAAAUUAAAAGAAACAUUGUGGAUUUUAUUGUAAAUAAGAAAUAGACAUAAGUGUACCUUGUAUAACCUCUGAAUUAAUGAUGACUCAAUUAUUUUCUUUUGGUCUUGCUGUUAAUUUCCACAAUUAAAUUUUUAUCUAUUCUUACUCAAUUAUUGUGAUUCACAGCUGUCUUAGUUUGAUGAAAUACCAUAAACAGUGCUCUUAAAAACAAAACAAUACAUAUAGGUAUUAUCUCAAAAUGUGUUCUAGGAUCUACAGUGUAGUACAUUUAACUUCUAACAAUAUAAUUAGGAUUUAUUCCUCCAUAACAA